AUGAUAAAUUUGGGUCGUUUCAAGUUACCCCCCUUCAAGAAUGUACUAGACGUGACAAUGCAGACCGUACGGCAGCAGAUACCUGAGAAGCCUGGCCCAUCCCCUCGCCCGCCACAAAACGUGAGAUUCGCGAACUUAGAUAACAUGGGUGAAAGUUGUGAACUAUCAACGAUGAACGAAACCACAUCACCCACAUAUCAGUCAACGAACCCCACUAAUCCAUUUCUGAGCGGUGCAUUGCAAGCUGAAGACUCAUUCACCAGUUAUCAAAAUACAUAUCCUCAACAAGAUGGUCAAGCACCCAGAACUCAAAGCAUGCAAAGCGUUGACUUUUAUGCUUCGUCCGAAGAAGGCGGAUUUGAAGAAGGUGGUGGUAAGCCAGGUAUGAAGAUCAAUGAGUACCAGGCAGCAUGGAACGUUACUAACGCCAUUCAGGGUAUGUUUGUGGUAUCAUUGCCGUUUGCAGUCCUCCAAGGCGGUUAUUGGGCUAUUGCGGCAAUGAUCGGCAUUGCCCACAUAUGCUGCUACACUGGUAAGAUUCUAGUUGAAUGCUUGUAUGAAGAUGAUCCAGUGUCAGGGCAACGUGUAAGAGUACGCGACUCUUACGUCAGCAUCGCAAAGGAAUGUUUUGGUAGAAAAUAUGGUGCUAGAAUUGUUAAUAUCGCUCAAAUCAUUGAACUACUUAUGACUUGUAUCUUGUAUGUUGUCGUAUGUGGAGACCUAAUGAUAGGCACAUUCCCAGAUGGGUCUAUUGACGGUCGCUCUUGGAUGAUGUUGAUUGGAAUAUUCCUUCUACCGUUAGCCUUUUUAAAAUCCCUUACAAGCGUGAGCAUGCUGUCAUUUUGGUGCACUAUGAGCCACUUGAUAAUUAAUGCUAUUGUUUUGGGAUACUGUAUCCUCAACAUCGGAGAUUGGGGCUGGGGACAAGUUAAAUGGAGUUUGGAUUUUGAGACUUUUCCUAUCAGUCUAGGCGUCAUUGUAUUCUCCUACACCUCACAGAUUUUCUUGCCGACAUUGGAAGGCAACAUGGAAGAUCGGUCGAAAUUCGAAUGGAUGUUGGAUUGGUCGCACAUUGCAGCUGCCGCAUUUAAGUCCAUUUUUGGAUAUUUGUGCUUUCUGACAUUCCAAAAUGACACUCAACAAGUUAUUACAAAUAAUCUACGUUCAGCUGGAUUCAAAGGACUUGUGAAUUUCUUCCUAGUUAUCAAGGCAGUGCUGAGUUACCCGUUACCUUAUUAUGCGGCUUGUGAUUUACUGGAACGUGCUCUCUUUAGAGGUAAACCAAAAACAAUUUUCCCUGUAAUUUACGCUCUGGAUGGAGAGUUAAAAGUAUGGGGAUUGGCUUGGAGACUGGGUGUGAUAAUAUUUACAAUUCUGAUGGCAAUCUUCAUUCCCCACUUUGCUAUUCUGAUGGGGUUCAUUGGCAGUUUCACUGGAACUAUGUUAAGUUUCAUUUGGCCUGCGUACUUCCAUCUGAAAUUGAAAGGAAAUCAGAUAGAAAGUACAAGAAUUGCUUAUGAUUAUUUCAUAAUAUGCCUUGGUGUACUUUUUGGCGUUAUAGGUAUGUACGAUUCCGGCUCGGCCCUCAUCAAGGCUUUCAAGAUAGGUCUACCGUUCUAA